GGAACAUCGAAAAUAGAGCAAGAGAGGGGGAGAGGGAGAGGAGGACCGCCGGCCCUCAAUCGAAAGAGAGAAGCGAGGACUCCCCGCCGGCCCUCAAUCGAAAGAGAGAAGCGAGGACUCCCCGCCGGCCCUCAAUCGAAUGAGAGAAGCGAGGACUCCCCGCCGGCCCUCAAUCGAAAGAGAGAAGCGAGGACUCCCCGCCGGCCCUCAAUCGAAUGAGAGAAGCGAGGACUCCCCGCCGGCCCUCAAUCGAAAGAGAGAAGCGAGGACUCCCCGCCGGCCCUCAAUCGAAUGAGAGAAGCGAGGACUCCCCGCCGGCCCUCAAUCGAAUGAGAGAAGCGAGGACUCCCGGCCGGCCCUCAAAUCUCCGGUCCGAAGCUCUGGAUCUCCGGCAGGUGAAGGGCAAAAUCAGACACAGUGAGACAGGGUGUCGCGGGCUAAUGACGUCAAAAGGGCAAAACGGGGGGGAAGGGUUUUUUUAGCUUUUACGUGGGCCCUACAAAUCCAAAAGGGCAUUUCAGUUAAGCGUGGCUGAAUCUCACUCCUUUCCCUCCAUGAGAGAUACUGAACAUUCAUUUCUCUGCGUCUCCUAGCCCCUCUCGAGUGAGAAUGCUGCUGUCCUCCCCCCUAACUCCUCUGGGAGCUUCCCACCUUCCCCUUCCCACCCUCUCCCAUCAGAAACACUGCAGGCUUGUCGUCCCCUAUUUGGGAUCGAUCCCCCUCGUCAAGCCUUCCCUAAUCCUGUGCUCCGUGAGCCUUCAGAAAUCUGUGCCAUCCUCCCCAUCUGGCGAUUCUAUUUCUUCCCCAGAAAAUGGAGACCCAGGCAGCGGACUGUCUCCUUCUUCUUCUUCUUCUUCCUCUUCCUUCCAUCCGAUCGCGACUGCGAAGAGGGUGGUCCUCGUCCGGCACGGGCAGAGCACGUGGAAUGCGGAAGGACGGAUACAGGGGAGCUCCGAUUUCUCCGUCCUCACACUCAAGGGGGAAGCCCAGGCGGAGACCUCCCGGCAGAUGCUCCUCUCCGAUAAUUUCGACGUUUGUUUUCAUAGCCCCCUGAUCAGAUCUAAAAGAACUGCCGAGAUCAUAUGGGCCGAUCGGAAGGAACAGAUGAUUCCAGAAUACGAUUUGAGGGAAAUCGACCUUUAUUCCUUUCAAGGUCUCCUUAAACAUGAGGGAAAAGCCAAAUAUGGGGACGCUUAUAGGCAAUGGCAGACAGAUGCUGCAAAUUUUAACAUAGAUGGUCAUUACCCCGUAAGGGAAUUAUGGGAACGUGCUAGAAACAGCUGGAAUAAAAUCCUUAGGCAUGAUGGACAUUCAAUACUGGUGGUUGCUCAUAAUGCUGUUAAUCAAGCUCUUGUCGCCACUGCGAUUGGCCUGGGAACAGAGUACUUUAGGGUCCUACUUCAGAGCAAUUGUGGGGUGAGUGUUUUGGAUUUCACCCCAUCACCAGGAAGUGGUUCGCCUCAUAUUUGUCUUAACCGUUUGAAUCAGACUCCAAGUUCACCUGUAUCAGCUGGAAGUUCUGGGGGUAGAAGAACUAGCAAUCGGAUCAUAUUGGUGUGUCAUGGUGCACUUGAAGGCAUUGAGGGCAGGUUUUCGUGGGAUGAACCUAUGAACAUGCUUGGAGUUAUACAGUCGCAAAAAACUGCAGAGCUACUUUUAGACUUGAAUGUCAGUUCUGUGGCAUGCAGUCCACUGACUCCUGCUGCUGAUACAGCCACGACUAUUAGCAAGGUACAAGAGGCUGCUGAUUGCUUGGGUGUUGACUGUGUGCCACGUGAUGUUGAGAUAAUGAAGAUGCCAGAGCUUUUACAUCUUUCUGGAAAACAAGGAUUGGAUGAAAAUGCAGAGAAGGAUGUCCUCUGCAGCUAUACGGGCAGCUCUGAAUUAUGGGAAAGGGCUAGGGAAGCAUGGUCGUUACUACUGGAGAAACUUGCUAAUUUGCCAGGGCCAGAGAAGAACUUGGUGGUGGUUAGCAAUCCAGUUGUGAAUGUUGGCCUGGUCGCUCACUGCCUUAAUCUUCAGAAAGAGUGGCUGCCGUCUUUUCAUCUUGAUGAAGGUAGCGUGAGUGUGAUUGAUUUCCCAGAUGGGCCUUCUGGCAAAGGUGUAAUCCGGUGCAUCAAUUAUACUGCCCAUCUAGGAAGGUGGUCAAUACCUGUAACAAGAACAACAAACAUUGAAGAGGAGUUGCAGUUUUAGGUCUCCUUGAUCUUGGAUCCAUGCUGCAUGUAGCUAAGGACUUCUAGUGGCUCCUGACUUACAGGACUAUCAGCAGAUUUUUGUUUAUCCUAAAAUUACGCCUUUUCUGGGGUCAAAGUUCACUACCACUCAUUUCAUUAUCAUCAUGCUUUAAUGGUUUAUGCAUCAACGUCAAAUGGUUUCUUUACGAUGACAAAGUUCACUUUGUUGAUUA